CCUUUAGUUUUGUGGAGGGGUGAAUUUCUCAAUCUAAUCAGAGAAGGUGAUGCUGCCCUCUGGCGAUGUAUUGGUCGAGGUCCCCCAAUUUUCAGGGACCAUAGUAACGCAUUCACUGGUAGCCGUGGAAGACUUGUGAGCAGGUGAGCCGCCUCACCAGUGCUCUCCGUUUCCUUUCUCACUUUCUGUCUCUUUCUGGCGCGUAUCGACCGCGGACGGGGCUUUCCCCGCGAAGCGAUAAACAUGCCGGUGCGUACUGAGUGCUGCAGCAACGCCUCUAUGGCCUUUAUAUCCUCGGCCUCGCUUAUCCCUCCUCCACCGAUCAACACGCAACAGCCUGGCGUUGCCACCUCGCUCUUGUACAGCGGUUCCAAGUUUCGAGGACAUCAGAAGAGCAAAGGAAACUCGUAUGAUGUUGAAGUUGUAUUGCAGCAUGUGACUAUGGAAGAUUCAUAUUUGUGUGGAUACCUGAAAAUCAAAGGACUGACAGAGGAGUACCCAACGCUGACUACAUUCUUUGCUGGGGAGAUCAUCAGUUUGAAGCGCCCUUUUUUAACACGGAAGUGGGAUGCAGAUGAGGAUGUUGACCGCAAGCACUGGGGCAAGUUUCAGGCUUUUUAUCAGUAUGCAAAAACCUUCAAUUCUGAUGACUUUGAUUAUGAGGAGCUGAAAAACAGUGACUAUGUCUUCAUGAGGUGGAAGGAGCAGUUCUUAGUCCCAGAUCACACCAUCAAGGACAUCAGCGGAGCUUCCUUCGCAGGCUUCUACUACAUCUGCUUCCAGAAGUCCACCGCAACCAUUGAGGGCUAUUAUUACCACAGAAGUUCUGAAUGGUACCAGUCCUUGAACCUCACCCACGUCCCUGAACACAGCGCACCAAUAUACGAGUUCCGGUGACAGCAGCACACCAGCACGGCUGGCAGAGGAGGACUUCUGGCGCGUAUCCUGACAGCAGCACAGCCGACCGGAGCGGAUGACAAACUGCCUGUCUGGCUGAGGACGCGCCAGUCUGCUCAAUGAAGAGACUGAGGGACAGACACAAGGGCAGCCAUGGAACAAUGCUCAGUGGUGCCAGGAGGGGGCAGCGUGGGGCGUAUGUCCUCCGGAUUAUGCAGCAGUGUUUUGAUUUGUUCCUUUUCUCUCGUUUUAAUCUGGUUUUAAGCUCCUUUUGUUUACCUGCACUUUUCCUUAUGGCCUCGUUUUAUUGCGAUCUUCCAUUUCUCUCCUCCCCACAUGAAAAGCCCACACCUGAGAAGGUGGCAUCUUGUGUUUUUGAUAUACAGUUUCUGCUUUGGAGGGACAUGAAACAUUGACUUGUACGCUUUGGGAUUUUUGAAUUGUUGGAUAGCGGCAUGGACCUUGUUGCUCAACCUUAGCGUGGGAAAGAGUUACAUUUUCCAGAAGUGCACAAGUUCUGGCUGUGAAUUGUGCGGGGGCCCCCGCUGAACCGUUGAGACUGGGCGCUUUGGAGCUGUGUGGCUGUGUAGCCCAUACCCAAAGCUCAGCUGCAGUGUGAAAGUCUGAUAUAGUCCUGACCAAGGGCACGCUUCUGGUGUUUAUAGCUGAUGUUCCAUUUCAGGCAGGUGUAUUCACGGAAGAAGGGGAAUGUUCGUGUUAAGGAAAGUAUCACCAUACACCAGUCCGAAGAGGCACUUUUUUUACAGGCACCUGUACCUUUGAGAAAGGGCAACCUGUUUCUCUCAUAACAGAAUGAAUUUUCUUUAUGUGCCAUUCAUGUCACCUUUUUCUGACUAUGCAACAUAAUCAUAACAGGAAGCAUUUGUUAUAAUUUCAUUUCUUUAUUGCCAGAAAAUAUUUUUUAGAAACUAGUAUUACAUCAAGGCUUAAAAGCUGUGUAAUCUUUUUAGAACACUCGCUCACUUGCAAUUACAUAUAAUUGAAUACCAUACAAUGUCAGUCCUUGAAGCAAACCCCAUAGUUUUUGCUGCAAAUGCUUCUCUGAUAGCACUGAGCAACCAACAGCUGUAUCUCUGUAUUCUUUGUACUGUAAUUGGAAGUAAAUACACAGUGCAGUCUUUUCAUACGCAGUCAAAUACCUGCAAUGUGGUUAAAUUAUACAGAAGAUAUGCAGAAGGAGACUCAUUUGAGGUAGUAUGUGUGGUGUUCCCUUCAAAAAGUGGAUGAGUUACUAAAUAAAGUUUAAAAAAAAAAUGCAUAAGGCCAAAUCAAAUGUCGCAGUGGAACAGCCAGACCGUUCCAAGUUGUGUCUGGAUAGCCACCAUCUUCUUUCAGGAAGAAAUAAUGGAUGAAUGUGGUUAAAUAUUUCUGCUAACUUUAAACAUUUCUAGGCUGUAUUACUUUCCCAGGGGGCCAUCAUAGAAUGAUCAGGAAAGUCGGUUACAUGAUAAUUUGAGUGAUAUUUUGCCUUAAUCUUGCAUAGCAGGUAAAGGCACCAAAAUGGGUACCGCUUAAAAUCUUUUAUGGAAUAUGAUUUGGUGGAAAUUCCAUGAAAAUCUAACAAGUAGUGCUACGUUCUUAUGUUUAAGAUAGUAUGUACAAUUAAGUUAUUUCAGUAUUUAGCGUGGAAAAUAAAUCUCAAAGCUUGAGCAUACCCCCUGCCUUAAAGUAAGAUAAAAUAUACAAAACAUCAUUUUACAGUCUUUCAGAAUAACCAAGUAUUUCCAUUUGAACAAUAAAAUAGUACAUCCCUGAUUGUAGACCAAUUUAAUUUCAUGUUUGUGUGUGCACAUCUGCAUCUACAUCUACAUGCUGGCACGUUGCACUUGCCAAAAGGAGGUCAUUCUAGCACAUUCCAUGUUUUUCUGUCAUGCACAAGCCGACUGUGGCCACUCUUAAUUUGCCCUGUUGCUGUGGGUUUGCAUGCUCUGGGUUUUCAUUGGUAUCAGGUCACACACACGUGAGCAAGGAUGUAACACUUAAUAAACCUACCUCAAGGGCCAAUUAAAAUACGUGCCACUUUAUACUGACAACACAAAGGUGACUGCAGGGCUUGGGUAUGACUUAUUCCAAGGUAGAACAAAAUGAAUUCCCACUGUAUGGCAUUAAUUUGUUGCUUGCGGAACGCAAAUAUUGUGCAGCCCACUUUAAAGAACGAUCGAUACGUUUAUCGAUGUUUUAGAGUGAUCGAAACCCAGGAACAAGCCGAUGGAAACUCAGACAGGACAACUUCAGAGUCAAAUCCUGUUCCUAUCACCCUGGACAUGUCUGGACAAAUUCCGAUUGUCCCAGGUCACCCAAGAUAGUGGUCAAUGCAAAGCGAAGGGGGUUUGCCAUUGUAAAUGGGUUCUUGUGAGGGGGGGUGCACUAUAAUGCUGGGUUAAAGACCUCACAGGCCUCUAUACCCCCGAGUACAUUAAGUUUCACAGUUUGUAUGUUGUUUUUCUUUCAGGGGUGUGCCGAGUUGAAUCAAAGGCAGGCAUGGUAGUUAUUGGACCGCACUAAAUGGGUCUAAUUUUCACAUUCAUUUUGCUACUCUGCUGACAUAAAAUCACUAUGAAAAGAGUUAUGUGUACAGGAACAAAGUAAAUAUAUUCAUUGCAUAAAUGGUAUGUAAAAUGAAAAAAAAAGGAGAGUAAUACUUUUGUAAAUAAAGGAGCCACAUUUAUCACAGGAAUUAUUUUAUUCUCUGAAAGUUUGAUCUUUUUAUAUAUUAAUAUAUGAGUUCUGGUGAAUUUCAGCCAAAUAAGUUGUGUGAAGGUGUUGAGGACAGGCGUGUGAUAAAGUGAACUCAAACACAAAAUGCCAUAAGAUGACUCCGAGGUGUUUUGUGAGUGGGAUGAGGGUCUGGUGAGGGGGUGAUCUGAGAUACGUGGCUCCAUCAGAAUUUCAAUAAAGCGAUUCCUCUGAAAUAA